AUGGAUGGAGUAGUAGGAAAAACGCUUAGCACCUUAGGGAGUAUCAGUGCCUCUGCGACUAGUUUUCAACCGCUUCGGAAUGCACAGAGUGGUAGCAAUAGCGUCCUGUCCACAGAUAAUUCGUCCAGUGGUACGAAUAUUCAGGCAACAGGUGAGACGACCGUGACAAUUGCGAGGCUGCAGGAGAGAAUUAAGGCGCAGAAGGAGUGGGUCAAGUAUAUUAUUUUUGACGGGGAUACGAACAUUCUCUUAAGUAACAUAAAACCACUGGAGGGAGAAAUUGCAAAUUUUCUUAAACUGUUUAUCAAGCGCGAAGACACGAUCAAGUCCGGCAUUGUGUUACUUAAUGAGCAAUAUGAUGUACAUCGUUUUCAUCCGCCACUUGCUUACGGUCGUCGUGGGGAUCCGUCGGUAGAAGAAGGAGAAGGAAUUGCUGUGUGUAAAGUGGAGCAAGGCAGUCGCAAACUCUAUUGUCUUAUCACAUACGUGUAUCCAACAUUAUCAGCUCGUGCUGUUCCACAGCUAAAGGAGUUUUGUGAGACUCAAUUGGUGAAACUAAGUUGA